AUGGAGGAACCCGUUCUCCCGCCGCACGGCGGAUAUGACUCCCACCCCGAGGAAGAUGUCACCGGCCCCAGAGGUCCCCUAAGCCAACGGCCGACAGCACAGAAGACAUUCGACAGUCUCCAGUUCUCACAAUUCAUGAGGAACCACCAAGAGAGUAUAUACAACUCCAGCACUUGUCCGGACAUCAAAGACGAGGAUAGGUCUAUGGCCUGGCUCGUGAAAGAAUCCGAGAGCCAGAGGAUCAUUUCGAGCCCGAGAGAGUACCAGAACGAGUUGUUUGAGAGGGCCAAGGAGAAAAAUAUUAUUGCAGUCCUGGAUACCGGAACUGGCAAGACCCUGAUUGCGGCUCUUCUCCUUCGCCAUACUAUCGAGAAAGAGAUAGAGGAGAGGAGUGCUGGCAAUCCGCCAAGAAUUUCCUUCUUCCUAGCUGACAAGGUUGCGCUGGUGCUGCAGCAGUAUGAGGUCCUCAAAGCCAACCUUGACCAUCGCGUCGAAAAGCUCCACGGCGAUUCCGGUGAUACUGUACUCUCACAUGAUUUCUGGAAACAACAAACAGAAGGGGGUAUGGUGGUCGUUUGUACAGCCGCUAUCCUUCUGUCAUGCCUCCACCAUUCCUUCAUCAAGAUGGAACAGAUUAACCUUUUGAUAUUUGAUGAGGCCCAUCACACCAAAAAGAACCACCCAUACGCCAGAAUCGUCAAGGACUUUUAUGCACCGUUGGAGCACGGGCAGCGAAGACGCCCUCGGAUCCUGGGCAUGACAGCUUCACCCGUCGACGCCAAGACGGACGUGACAACUGCUGCCGCGAAACUAGAAGGCCUUCUGAAUAGCGAGAUAGCCACUGUGGCCGACCCUGCCGUUUACACCAAGGCACUCAUUAACCGGCCUGCAGAGGAACUCAUCAACUACAACAUGCCACUGGAGCCCUUCGAGACAUCUCUUUGGCAAGAGCUUCACAAGGUAAUUGGGCACAACAAGGUUUUUGAGAGAAUGUUCAAUUACUCAAGGGAAUCUACAAUAGAGCUGGGUCGCUGGUGCGCAGACCGAGUUUGGGAACUGGUCUUAACCGAACAGGAGGCGCAGAAGAUGGCGGCAAGGACCGAGCGAAAUUUCAUGUUGUGCAGAGUACGGUUGCCGAUAGCCGCACUCGACGCUGAGCGGUCGGCGGUUCGUGAAGCCUAUCGGAUAGUGGCCGCGCAUUCGCUACCCGAGCCUCAAUGCAAUCUCUUCCAUCUGUCUAGCAAGGUUGAGUCGCUUCUUGGGACGCUCCGGAAGCACCUGGACGUAGAAAGGGACAAGUGUAUCGUGUUCGUGGAUCAGAGGCUGACUGCGAUACUGCUGGCUGACCUCUUGAAACAACCGGGCUUGAACGUGCCCGGUAUUAAGGUCGGUGUACUGUUGGGAACUGCAGGUAACGACUCGGGAGACACCGGGAUGUCUCUGAAGGAGCAGUUUGUGACGAUGCACCAGUUUCGAAAUGGUGAUCUAAAUUGCCUCUUCGCCACCAGUGUUGGUGAAGAAGGCAUCGAUAUUCCCGACUGCAACAUCAUCAUUCGAUUUGACCUAUGCAAAACUAUGAUCCAAUAUGUACAAUCAAGAGGUCGGGCAAGGCGUAAGGACUCGAAACUGUUCCACAUGGUCGAGUUUUCUAACCACAGCCACCUGCAAUCAAUCUUCGAUAACGAAGACAGCGAAGUAAGGCUCCGCGGAUUCUACAAUACGCUGCCUGAAGAUCGGCUCUUGACCGGAGACGAUUAUAAUAUCGACUAUUUCCUAUCCAAGGAGAAGAGCUACCGCACCUACGUGGUGCCUUCGACUGGCGCGAAGUUGACUUACAAGAUCAGUCUCGUGGUCUUAGCCAACUUCGUCUCGACACUGCCACGACCAGUGGAUCGCGUUCACACUGCAGACUACCUAGUGAGGAGCAUCGGUCGAGAAUUCGAGUGUGAAGUCAUCCUACCAGAUGCGUCCCCGAUCAAGAGUGCCAUCGGGCGACGUGCGGCGUCCAAGCAGGUCGCCAAAUGCUCUGCCGCUUUCGAGAUGUGCCUACAGCUGAAGAGAAAGAAAUAUCUUGAUGACUCUCUCAUGUCGACAUUGGCCAAGUCGCUCCCAACCAUGCGCAAUGCACAGCUGGCGAUCAGUUCAAAAAAGCGAGCUGAGUACCCCAUGCGCAUUAAGCCCGAAAUCUGGGAUCGCCGAGGGAUGCCGGAGGUGCUUUAUGUGACGAUCCUAAAAUUAACGUGCCCAGAGGCCAUGGGGAGAUCGUCUAGACCUCUGGCCUUACUUACGCGGUGUCCGCUCCCCCAGAUAGCACGGUUUCCCUUGUUCUUUGGCAGUCAACGUACCUCGGAAGUGGAAUGCAUCCCCCUAUCUCAUGGCAUCAAGAUGACACCGGACGAUAUCAAACAACUCGACCGAUUCACACUAACGAUUUUUGAUGACGUAUUUAGCAAAGUGUACCGUUCAGCACCGGAUAAGAUGCCUUACUUUCUUGCCCCCCUAAAACACACGCACGAUUUCGAGUUUACUACUAUGGAUGGAGGAGACACCCGCACUAUCAUCGACUGGGAAUACCUACUUGAACUUCACAGCGCCGCUCGAUAUCUUGAACUGGAAAACCAGCCUGCCCAUUUCUUCGAGAAUAAAUUUGCUGUCGACCCAUAUGAUGGAUCCCGAAAAUUCUACACUGUCUGCUAUCGUGAGGAUCUCAAGCCCACCGAUCCAGAGCUUCCCGGUGUUCCGAGGUCGCAUACUAUGAAGAAGGCUAUACGCGAGGCGCCCAAGGAUAUUUGGAAUUUCAGUAUCAGCUUAUGGAGCAAUGCGCGGUCUAAAUUGACCGUUAACAAUGACUUACCCGUCAUAGAAGCCGAAUACAUCCCCCUUCGACGCAACCUCCUCGACGAGUUUGACGAUGGUGAGGAUCUACCCGUCAAUGUCGUUGCUAUGGCAUAUAAUUUGCCUGCGAUUAUAUAUCGCCUCGAGUCUAGUCUCAUAGUCCUGGACGCCUGCAAAGCAUUGUCCCUCAACAUUCGGCCCGACCUUGCUCUCGAAGCCAUGACUAAAGACGGCGAUAACACCGAAGAGCAUCUAGAGGAGCGGGUAAAUACUCAACAAGGCAUGGGCAAGAACUACGAACGCCUCGAAUUCCUUGGUGAUUCGUUCUUAAAGAUGAGUACAACAAUUGCCCUAUUUUCACAGAUACCCGAUAGCGACGAAUUCCAAUACCACGUUGAUCGCAUGGUCCUCAUCUGCAACAAGAAUCUGUUCAACAAUGCUCUGGACUUGAAACUCGAGGAAUCGAUCCGGUCAAAAGGGUUCAACCGGCGAACAUGGUAUCCGGAGGGCCUCGAGCUACUGAAGGGCAAGCAGAAUGUUGAGGGGGGGAGAUCACACAAGCUCGCGGAUAAAUCGAUUGCUGAUGUUUGCGAGGCGCUUAUCGGAGCUGCGUACCUAACGACCCACGAACAGAAGAGCUUCGACAUGGCUAUCCGGGCCGUGACUAAGUUUGUUAACCACUCGAACCAUAGGAUGACAAAUUACGAGGAUUACUAUGCGUCAUAUCAAAUCCCCGAGUGGCAGAGUGCUGAAUCUACGGCAGUCCAACGUGAACUAGCGGCACAAAUCGAGGCAAAGACCGGGUAUAAGUUCACAUGUCCCCGACUGUUGCGGAGCGCGUUCACACACCCGUCCUAUGCCACUAUGUAUGAGCGUAUCCCUAACUAUCAGCGACUCGAGUUUCUGGGUGAUUCGCUGCUUGACAUGGUCUGCGUCGACUUCUUAUUCCUCCGGUAUCCUAGCGCAGAUCCCCAGUGGCUCACGGAGCACAAGAUGGCGAUGGUAUCGAAUCAAUUCCUCGGUUGUCUUUGCGUCUCCCUCGAUCUACAGACGCACAUGCUCUCUAUGACGAAUGGGUUGCAGAGAGAAAUCACAGAAUACGUUGCCGCUAUAUCUGAAGCUCGUAGGCUAGCAGAAGAAAAUGCCGAGUUAGCCAACCUCGGUCGCGCGUCGUAUGCGAGAAACUUCUGGGUUGAGGUCCAGAGGCCGCCGAAGGUGCUGGCAGACAUCCUAGAAGCAUACGUUGGCGCGGUUUUUGUUGACAGCGAGUUCGACUAUAACCAGGUGCGGCGCUUCUUCGAGACGCACAUGCUGCCGUACUUCCAAGAUAUGCAUAUAUACGACACGUUUGCGAGCCGUCACCCGGUCUCGUUCCUAGCUAACAUGCUGCAACUUCAUUUUGGCUGCGCCAACUGGCGGGUCAUGACCCAUGAGAUUGGGAUGCCGGGCGGCGGCGCGACCUUCGCGGGCGGCGGCCAUGCGCAGGUGCUCUGCGGCAUCCUGGUGCACGGUGAAGUGCGCGAACACGCGACGGCAAGCAGUGGCCGGUACGCCAAAAUGGCGGCGGCGAAGAAGAUGGUCGAAGCGAUACAGGACCUGAGCGUCGAAGAGUACAAGAGUCGAUUCGGGUGUCGGUGCUCGCGCGAGGAGGCCGACGCCUUAGAGCUCCUGGAGCACGCUACCGCGGUUUAA